GGCGGUCUGCAAGUCGUCAGGUGCGCCCUCCAGGUGAGCGCGCUCCUGGGCUCCCGCCGUCCUUGGUGGGUUGGGCCCGGCUGCAGUGAGGAGAUUGGCUUAUCUUGGGAGCUACGGGGCAUUGCUCAUCCUGAAGAUCAGGUGACCACCGACAUCAGCCAUGUCAUCCAGGCCUUUUGAAAGUCCACCUCCUUAUAGACCUGAUGAAUUCAAACCCAAUCAUUAUGCACCAAGCAAUGACGUAUAUGGUGGAGAGAUGCACAUUCGACCAAUGCUCUCUCAGCCAGCGUAUUCUUUCUACCCGGAAGAUGAAAUUCUCCACUUCUACAAAUGGACCUCUCCUCCAGGAGUGAUUCGGAUUCUGUCUAUGCUUAUUAUCGUGAUGUGCAUUGCCAUUUUUGCCUGUGUUGCCUCCACUCUUGCCUGGGACAGAGGCUAUGGAACCUUAAUGGGAGGUGGCAUGGGCUACCCUUAUGGAGGAAGUGGCUUUGGUAGCUAUGGAAGUGGAUAUGGCUAUGGUUAUGGCUACGGUUAUGGCUAUGGAGGAGGCUAUACAGAUCCAAGAGCAGCAAAGGGAUUCCUACUGGCCAUGGCUGCCUUUUGUUUCAUUGCUGCAUUGGUGAUAUUUGUUACCAGCGUUAUAAGAUCUGAAAUAUCUAGAACAAGAAGAUAUUAUUUGACUGUGAUAAUAGUGAGUGCUGUCCUGGCCGUUAUGGUGUUUAUUGCCACAAUUGUCUAUAUAAUGGGAGUCAACCCAACUGCCCAGGCAUCUGGGUCUCUCUACAGUUCACAAAUAUAUGCCCUCUGCAACCAGUUUUAUACACCUGCAGGUGCUGGAAUCUAUGCGGAUCAAUAUUUAUAUCACUACUGUGUGGUGGAUCCCCAGGAGGCCAUUGCCAUUGUGCUGGGGUUUAUGGUUAUUAUGGCUUUUGCUUUAAUAAUUUUCUUUGCUGUGAAAACUCGAAGAAAGAUGGACCGGUAUGACAAGUCAAAUAUUUUGUGGGACAAGGAACGUAUUUAUGACGAGCAGCCCCCCAAUGUCGAAGAGUGGGUUAAAAACGUUUCUGCAGGCACACAAGACAUGCCUCCUCCCCUUUCUGACUACGUGGAGAGAGUGGACAGCCCCGUGGCCUACUCCUCCAAUGGUAAAGUGAAUGAGAAGCGACUGUAUCCAGAGUCUUCCUAUAAAUCAACACCGGUGCCUGAAGUGGCUCAGGAGCUGCCAGUGACUUCACCUGUGGAGGACUUCCGACAGCCUCAUUACAGCAACAGUGGUAACUUGGAGACGCUUUCAAAAAGGGCUCCCUCGAAGGGCAGGGCAGGAAAGUCGAGGAGAUCAGAGCAGGACCACUAUGAAACAGACUACACGACGGGCGGCGAGUCCUGUGAUGAGCUGGAGGAGGACUGGAUCAGGGAAUAUCCACCUAUCACUUCAGAUCAACAAAGACAACUCUACAAGAGGAAUUUUGACACUGACCUGCAGGAAUACAAGAGCUUACAAGCAGAACUUGAUGAGAUCAAUAAAGAACUCUCUCGUCUGGAUAAAGAACUGGAUGACUAUAGAGAAGAAAGUGAAGAGUAUAUGGCUGCUGCUGAUGAAUACAAUAGACUGAAACAAGUUAAGGGAUCUGCAGAUUACAAAAGUAAGAGGAAUUAUUGCAAGCAGUUGAAGAGCAAAUUGUCACACAUUAAGAAGAUGGUUGGAGAUUAUGAUCGACAGAAAACAUAGACAGCAGAUGCCACAUUGUGAGGUUAAGAAGUAUCUGACUGACAUCUCUGCAAUGUUAUCAGGAGUCAAAAUGACUUUGGACUCUAACCUGGGAGGCCAAAUCUUUGUGAUCAUUACAGAGUUUUGGUAGUUUUAAUAUCAUCAGUAUUGAAUGAUAUCAUCAUCAUUUUAUAAAUAGCUUUUGAUAAUCAACUGGGCUGAACACGCUAAGUAAGGAUUUUAUGCUUUAAACAUUGGUUCUUGUAUUUAAGAACUGUUGUUUGAGGUUUUUAAACCUUUAAGGAAGGUCCUGGAGUACACUGUGCUGUGAACUUUCACACCCUAGGCAAUCAGGUCUUAAUACCUAAGUAUGCUCAUUGGGUCUUGUAGGGGAUAGUUUAAUUCUCCCAGAAUUCUCCCUUCAGAUAACUGUUACUUAUAAUCAUUUAUUUUCAGAUAAGGAAACUGGGGCCCUGCAAUAAAGUCUCUGAAGUGAAACUGCUUGUUGCCUAGCUUGCAGUUUUGGUUAAGUCUGUUUUAUGACUCCAUUGAUAAAGUCCUUGCCCUUUUCCUAUUUUAGCUACUACGGAUACUGAGUCCUACCAGCCUCCCUAUUGAUUUUUUUCUGUGUAUAAAUGCUUAAGAGCUUUUUAUUUCAUGUUAUCCUGGUAGUAAAGAUCAUGUACAAGUAACAGAUGUGUGAAAUUUGAAGAUUGUAAAUCUAUGUUUACUUUUAAAAAAUCAAAGUUUAAACCUACUGGUUAGAAUUUUUUUGUGUAUUUUUAAAUGCUUUUUAUCUUUUAUGGUUUACAUGCUUUUUUUAAACCAGCUAGCCUUUUCCAUUAUAUCGAAGUAUCCAAUUACAAUUAUAAUUCAAUUGUGACUUGAAUUGUAUCUUACGGGAAUAUUCAAGUUUUGUACAUAUUUUAUAAUUAUUAAAACUGGUGUUUUCUUUCCAUAAUGUACCUUUUUAUGUCAUUAGUGCUGUUAAUAUUAAGCUGUGGAAAACUACACUCAGAAGUUGUAUCUGUUAACUGUUUUAAACUGUUUUGGGUGCCGUGCUGGUUGGUAGCUUCCUAAAUCCUUUGGCUAACAGAAGGCUGAUUUGUCUGGAAAUGGAAUCCAAUAUCAUAAAACACCAAAUUAUUUCAGUUUUUUUCUGGUAAAGUAAAAUUAACUGAUAAUACUGGAUAUAUAGCUAACCAAGUUGAUUGUGAUUAUCCCCUCAGUUUGGAACUCUCAUUUAAGUAUAUUGUUUUUAAUGUAUAAGUCUGAAUCAUUUUCCAAAGAUAAAAAUAAGGUUUCUAUUAUAACGCUGAUAACAGUUCUUCAAGUUGAAGAAAUUCUUAAUUUUCUGUGUGCUGCUCAUACUACAAAGGUAAUAAAUAGUUUAUGUUUUUCAUG